AUGUUCUCCUCCCUGUUGGACCUUUCCCAUGGCGCGGUCGAGGCACUGCAGCGCAUACCAUGGCCGGUGACCGUGGCAAUACUGCUCAAUACCCUGAUCGGCAUACUGGGUCUGGCAUGGUUCUUCCUCUUCAUCAUCGCCCCGGUACCCCGCCCCGCUCAUCCUUCGGAGAAGAAGUUCAAGACUGUGAAUGCAGAUGGAGAGGUCACAAGAUCAGCCCCAUUACCUUGCUGGCUGGACAAUAUCAACCAAGGACGCAGGAAGGGGCAGAAAGAUGGACAAUGCUCCCUCGAAAGCAUCCCAAUCGAACCAGCCGAGCUCUUCAUGUCUGUCGUGGUACCCGCCUUCAACGAAGAAGACCGAUUAGUGGGAAUGCUUGAAGAAGCUGUCAACUACCUGGAGCACGAAUAUGGGCUCCUCUCCGACAAGGCAGACGCAGCCGCAAAGCACAACGGAGCCCCUAUUCGCCGCCGAGCAAGCGGCCAAACCGAAAUCAACGCCCACUCCCCAGAGACACACAACCCAGAAGCGGCGCGUGGCUGGGAAAUCCUGCUCAUAGACGACGGCUCGACCGACUCCACCAUCGAAACGGCUGUCCAUUUCGCCCGAACGCACCAGCUCCCUCUCCGUCCCCGGCGCAAUUCAGGCCCCUGGUCUCACCGUUCAGAUUCCGCCGUCAACAUCCCCCCCGGCAGCAUUCGACUGGUCUCGCUGAAAAAGAACCGCGGCAAAGGCGGCGCCGUCACCCACGGCAUGCGCCACGCGCGCGGCGCCUACGUCGUCUUCGCCGACGCUGACGGGAAGAGAAAGACAAGGCGCAAGGCCGAGCCGUGGCCCGGUGGUCAAGCGCUCCAAACUGCGCAACUUCCUCAUGCAUUCCUUCCACCUGCUCCUCAAAUGGAUGACGCCGCCCCGCACCGCCGCCAUCCGCGCGACACGCAGUGCGGCUUCAAGCUCUUCACGCGCUCGUCGCUGCCCUACAUCAUCCCCUACAUGCACUGCGAGGGCUGGAUCUUCGACGUCGAGAUGCUGAUGCUGGCCGAGUUUGCCGGCAUCCCCGUCGCGGAGGGUGCCGGUCGGCUGGAGGGAGGUCAAGGGCAGCAAGCUGAAUGUGCUGUGGGACAGCUUGGGCAUGGCCUGGGGUCUGGCCUUGCUGAGGAUCUGUUGGGCGGUCGGCAUAUAUAG